AUGAAGAAGCCAGGCAGAACCGAGAAGAAGAGAGUUAAACGAUCAUCAGGAUCUUCAUCCUCCACCAGGACCACCACUAGAUUCUGGUUCCGAUCCUCCACCGAGGAAGAAAGGUGUGAGGAAGGAUGUAUUUCAGUUGUUUGCCGAGAAAAUAAGGGACAACAAGGGAAUCACCCCGAGUGUAAAGAGAUUCUUAAAGAAGAUAAAGACCUUGACGCGGAAGAUAUUGGUAAUGUGUUGUUGGAAAGGAACGUUCUUGUCCGUUGUGAUCGUGUUACUAAAACUGAAAAUCAAGGUUUUCUCUGA